GAUUUGUCAUCCUUUCCUAGCACAGCCUCUACAUCACAGGAAGACCAUGAAAUCGAUUCAGGAUCCACUUCCUCCAGGAAAUUGAGGGUGACUCUGUUAAGCAGUGAAUGGAGAUCAACAAAAGGAGGCUUGUCAACCAUCAACCGAGAGCUGGCCAUUCAGUUGGCAAAACAUCCCAGCGUUGAGGUCACCGUUUAUCUCCCUCAGUGUAGUGAAGAGGAUAAACAAGUUGCUAAAGAUCACAAUGUCCGCCUUAUUAAAGCAAGAGAAAUGCCUGGUUUAGAGCCGAAUUUCUGGUUGUCUUGUUUGCCGGAAGACCAUGCUGUGGACUGUGUGAUAGGGCAUUGGGCUGUUCUUGGUCGGCAGGUGCAAAUCAUCAAGCGAACUCAUCCUUACUGCAAGUGGAUUCAGGUGGUUCAUACCGCUCCAGAGGAACUUGGAAUGUACAAAGAAUAUGAAGAACACAUUUCCAGGGGUGAGGACAAACACCAGGUUGAGGUUGAACUCUGUAAAUUGGCUGAUCAAGUUGUGGCUGUUGGCCCCAAGCUGGCUGAAGUAUUUUCAGGUUAUCUUCGUCCUUGUGGGAAAGAUCGAGAUGUUCUCAAUUUUACUCCAGGAAUUUUCUCGGAGUUUGCAGAUGUAAACCAAGCCACUGAUGAAAGAAAGGCAUUCAAUGUUUUGGUCUUUGGACGUGGUGACAAUGAAGAUUUCAAGCUGAAGGGAUAUGACAUCGCUGCCCAAGCCAUUGCUGAGUUGAAAGACACGACCUACAAACUUGUGUUUGUUGGAGCAACACGGGGAGAAGAAGAGAAGGUAGCACACAAGUUAGUCGAGCAAGGCAUUGGAACUAGUCAACUCAAAGUGCGUCGCUUUAAUGAAAGUAGAGAGAAGCUAGCUGAUCUAUUUUGUGAAGUAGAUCUUGCUGUAAUGCCAUCACGAACUGAGGGCUUUGGUCUUGCUGCCCUUGAGGCUUUAUCUGCUGGUUUGCCUGUGCUGGUCAGUGGGAACUCUGGUCUUGCGGAAGCUUUAAAGAAUGUUCCACAUGGUUCAAGCUGUGUGGUGACGUCGGACGAUCCAAAAGACUGGGCCAGUGCAAUCAGAGCUGUCCGUCACAAAGAAAGGGAGGUGCGACUUGGAGAGUUUGAUGUUGUACGUGGAGCAUAUGCAAAAAAAUACAGCUGGAAGGAACAAUGUGAUAAACUUGUUGAAAGGAUGAAAGUGAUCUCUAAUUCAGAAGGUCAGUUAAAUUAA